UGACAGGCGCAUGCGCAGUGCGGCAGUCAGCGGGUUGGUUGGGCUUGUGUUUACAGCUCGGCUGGAUGCUGUUGGCUGCUGAUGUUACUGGGAAAGUGCAAUGUUGUGCCAACCGCCAGUGGAAUAAAUAUAACCGUGGGACUACAGGUGAUUUUGCUCAUCAUCUCCCACCACUUCCUCCUUCCGUCUUCCAUUCAUGAGCAGCGUGGCUGAAUUUAACAGCGGCAGCCAUGGAUGACAAGGGCUCGGUGGGGAAGAUUAGCGUGUCUUCGGACUCAGUGUCCACUCUCAACAGUGAGGACUUUGUCCUUGUAUCCCGGCUGGGGGACGAGACACCCUCCUCCACUAAUAAUGGUAGUGAUGACGAAAAGACAGGACUGAAGGUGAUUUCUGAGGAAGGGGUCAGCUUUAAGAUUGUGGGGAAUGGAAGUGAGCAGCAACUCCAGAGGGAGCUAGAAGAUGUCCUCAUGGACCCAUCGGUAGCUGACACUGGGAUUGGAUCUGAGACAGGAAUGGACAGCCUCGGCGGGGGCGACCAUGGCCACCUUCUUACCACGGCGUCACCCGUACCGCCAGGUGCUGACCCUCUGAGCACGCCGCCACCCAAGUUGGAGAUGGUGCUUCCUGUUCAGACAGCGCAGGAGAGUGAGCUGAAUGAGAGGUCGUACAGAGGAGAUGAAUCAUCAUCAGAAGGCAGUCCUAGCAGUCCAAUUCCAGAUGAGGACAGUGUAGUGUUCAGCCAGCUGACAUAUCUGGGGUGUGCCUCGGUCAAUGCCCCCCGGAGCGAGGUGGAGGCCCUCCGCAUGAUGAGUAUCCUGAGAGGGCAGUGCCAACUCCCCCUGGAUGUCACACUGUCAGUGCCAGGAGUGUCUGAAGGCACUGUCAGGUUGUUGGACCCUCACAAUGGUACAGAGAUUGCCAACUACCCUAUCUAUAAGAUUCUGUUCUGUGUACGAGGCCAUGACGGAACACCAGAGAGCGACUGCUUUGCCUUCACUGAGAGCCACUACAAUGCCGAGAUCUUCAGGAUCCACGUGUUCCGCUGCCAAAUCCAAGAGGCGGUGAGUAGGAUACUCUACAGUUUUGCCACAGCCUUUCGGCGGUCAGCUAAGAAGGCAGUUCUGUCGUCUCAGCAGUCUGCUCCACUCACCCCUGACAGCGACUUGUUUACGUUCACCGUCAGCCUGGAGAUCAAGGAGGAUGAUGGCAAGGGUACAUUCAGCGCUGUAGCAAAAGACAAGGACAAGCAGAGCUUCAAGCUGCGUGCAGGAUUGGACAAGAAAAUUGUCAUUUAUGUUCAGCAGACCUCCAACAAAGAACUGGCCAUCGAGAGGUGUUUUGGACUCCUGCUCAGCCCGGGGAAAAAUGUGAAGAACAGCGACAUGCACCUGCUCGACCUGGAGUCAAUGGGAAAGAGCUCAGACGGGAAGUCUUACAUCAUCACAGGAAGUUGGAACCCCAACACGCCUCAGUUCCAGGCUGUGAAUGAGGAAACGCCCAAAGAUAAAUUCAUGUACAUGACGACAGCAGUGGACCUGGUGAUCACAGAGGUCGAGGAGCCGGUCCGUUUCCUGCUGGAGACGAGGGUCAGAGUGUGUUCCCCAAAUGACAGGCUGUUCUGGCCCUUCAGCAAGCGUAGCUACACUGAGACCUUCUACCUUAAACUACGACAGAUGGAGCGUAAAGAGCGCAAGAGUCCUGCUUCUGACACACUUUAUGAGGUGGUGAGUUUGGAAAGUGAAACUGAGAGAGAAAAACGGAAGACCACAGCUAGUCCCAACAUCCUGCCCACCGGGCCUGGUACCAUGGUUCCUUCCCCACCUGAGGACGAUGAAGACGAAGAUAAUGAUGAGCCUUUACUCAGCGGGUCAGGUGAUGUUUCAAAGGAAUGUGCAGAGAAGAUCCUGGAGACUUGGGGAGACUUGUUAUCCAAGUGGCAUAUGAACUUGUCAGUGCGUCCCAGACAGCUGCCAGCUUUGGUGCGGAGCGGCAUUCCAGAGGCACUCCGUGGGGAGGUUUGGCAACUCCUGGCAGGCUGCCAUAACAACGACCACCAGGUAGAAGAGUAUCGCACUCUUAUUACAAAGGAGUCUCCUCAGGACAGUGCCAUCACCAGGGACAUUAACAGGACUUUUCCUGCACAUGACUACUUCAAAGACACUGGAGGAGACGGACAAGACUCGCUGUACAAAAUCUGCAAGGCUUACUCUGUUUACGAUGAGGAGAUUGGUUACUGCCAGGGACAGUCCUUCUUGGCUGCUGUGCUGCUGCUGCACAUGCCAGAGGAACAAGCUUUCAGUGUGCUGGUCAAGAUCAUGUUUGAUUAUGGGCUCAGGGACCUUUUCAAGCAGAAUUUUGAAGAUCUACAUUGCAAGUUCUUUCAACUUGAGAGACUCAUGCAGGAAUACAUACCAGACCUGUACAACCAUUUCCUGAAUGUGGGUCUGGAGGCUCAUAUGUACGCCUCUCAGUGGUUCCUCACCCUCUUCACAGCCAAGUUCCCUCUUUACAUGGUCUUCCAUAUAAUUGACCUGCUCCUGUGUGAGGGCAUUAGUGUGAUCUUCAACGUAGCCUUGGCACUUCUGAAGACAUCAAAAGAUGAUCUUAUCCAAACAGACUUUGAGGGGGCACUCAAAUUCUUUCGCGUCCCAGUUCCAAAGAGGUACCGCUCUGAGGAAAACGCAAAGAAACUGAUGGAGCUGGCCUGUAGCAUGAAGAUCAGCCAGAAGAAGCUGAAGAAAUUUGAGAAGGAGUACCACACCAUUCGGGAGCAGCAGGAGCAACAGGAGGCUCCCAUCGAGAGAUACGAGCGGGAGAAUCGCCGGUUGCAAGAGGCCAACAUGCGCUUGGAGCAGGAGAAUGACGACUUGGCACAUGAGCUUGUAAGCAGCAAGAUCGCUCUGCGCAAAGACCUCGACAACGCCGAGGAGAAGGCAGACGCCCUGAAUAAAGAGCUGCUGCUGACCAAACAGAAACUGGUGGACUCGGAGGAUGAGAAGAGACGGCUGGAAGAAGAGUCUGCACAGCUGAAGGAGAUGUGCAGACGAGAGCUGGAUAAGUCUGAAUCAGAGAUUAAGAAGAAUGGUUCCAUCAUUGGAGAAUAUAAGCAGAUCUGCUCCCAGCUGAGUGAACGACUAGAGAAACAGCAGACGGCCACCCGAGGAGAGCUGGAGAAAAUCCGAUCCAAAGUUGAAGGCUGUGAGAAGUGCAGCAGCCUUUUCAACAAAGAGGGUCGUGUUCGGGCCGCCGUUACCACGGCACCUGCAGGGGGAACCGAGGAGACGGACGAGGAGAAGGAGGGCCUGAAGAACCAGCUGAGGGAGAUGGAGCUGGAACUGGCCCAGACCAAACUGCAGCUUGUGGAGGCUGAGUGCAAAAUCCAGGACCUGGAGCACCAUCUGGGUCUGGCUCUGAACGAGGUGCAGGCGGCCAAGAAGACCUGGUUCAACCGAACGCUCAGCUCCAUCAAAACCGUCACCGGGACCCAGGGCAAGGAGACCACCUAACCCGACACCCCCCUCCAGCCAGUUUCAACCCGACCACGUGUGGAGCUCAGUGCAACUCAUCACGCUGAAACCUCUGGACCCCUAACCCACCGGGCCAUAACUUUUAACAUUAACCGUUAAAUCCCAGGAUCACCUUUGCUACAGACUCGUGUUGCUCAUCAAAAAAAUGUCCUCGUGUUUCCUUCGUCCCACCUGACCUAAACUACACCAACCUCCCUCCUCUCCACCCCGAAUGACUACAGCCGACCAGCGCUGAUGAGAAGGGGUUGAAAACAGUAGCUGAAGUUUCUCCCACAGAGACGAUGCUUCCACCGGUCACAAAAAGACAAAAAAAAAAAAAAAAUGAGAAGAGAAAUGCGUCAUUGAUUUCUGUCUUUGUACUGCUGAUAUUAAAGACCCACAGAAGGAAGGUAAGGACAUCAGAACUGCAGCUGUCCUCAUGGGAUAGAGAGAAAACACUCCGUCCUUCCUUACUGCUCUGUGUGCUCCCCCUCUAAACUACUGGCACAAAACAACCAGUCCCUGUACAUUUAUUGUUUUGUUUGUUUUAGGUACGAGAGCUAAUAGACGCCUUUUCAAAACUGAGCUUUUUCUAAUUUACGUUCAACAAUACCUUUCUUUUUCUAUGUGUGUUCACGAAUGUGCUCAUGUAAAGAGGAUGUGUGCGAAAGUGCGCAUGUUAUUUUUGUUUUUUUGUGUUGAUCGUGAGUUGUAUGUGAGACCGUUUGGGAGAAAAAAACGUUUGAAUGCAUAAAUAAUUGACUGAAAACGUGUCGUGUAAACUGUGUGUACAAGAGAAAGUGACAGAGAGCGCGUGAAAGUCCAAGGGAAAGAAAAAAGCACUAAGGUUAUGAGUGUGUGCAUGCAUGUAAAGGAAAAAAAAAAUUCCUGGUUGUCUAGUUUCCUUUAAUGUUCAAAAGGUGUAUAUGAAUGAUGCUAAAGAGAAGUUUGCUGACAAAGCCUUGAUCUGAAGGUCGAUAGAGAUGAUACUGGCGGAUAUGAAUAUGUAAUUUAUGGUAAAAAGAGAAGCUUAAAAGCUGUUGUCACAAGCAGCAGGAGCGUAACUCUCCUCACGUCAAAUUUCAGACAUAAAAAACUUGCCCGAGGUUUGCUUGGUUUGGAUCUUCCAGCACAAAGAAACAAAAAAAAAGCUCCAAACUGUGCCAGCCUUGCUGUGUGUUUCUCCCAAUAUGUGUUUUAGAACAUUGUUGAAACCCAGAGUGAUGCAGCUUUUGUUAGAAACCAAACACAACGGGAAACGCAACAGGAAAACACACACACAGAAAGCUGUAAUUCCUUCCACACGCCCGUUAAAACCGCCUCGUCCUUUUCCUGGCACCAGCUGCUCUGCGACCUUUCACCUUUGACUCCCAUGUUGUGUUUACAAUCCAGUCAAACCUUUGGGAAAACACUAAACUAUAAUGGAGACACAUUGCAUUUCUAUAAAAGCCGAACAGCCUGCUUGUUAGAGUGGCUCGUUGAUUUAACCCCUAAAGACUCACCGAUGUGGAUCAAGAAUGCAUAUUUAGACAUUUUUUUCCAUUCCUGCCUGAUGAUGGCUUAAAUAUGAAUCUUCGUAUUUUCCUUUACUUUCACCUCUUUAGCCCCGUUUUGUCACUUGCUGCAGCUCGAGCACACUGGCUAACCUACGACUUUGUUCAAACACUGUUAAGCUGCUCUACGCUUCACAAUGUCAAGUAGGAUUGGACUAAUUCAGCCGUACAUCCUAGACCUAGAAACCCUAGAAAUCUGAAUCUGUUUUUGAGACGGUGUAAAUGCUUGGCUGCAGUAUUGACAUGUUAUUUCACUCGUCAUGUGUCUUCUAGGAUAUAAAAUGUACAAUUUAACUUGCCUGUAGGAGCAGACAUCCAUGACAUCUAUGUGCAGACAGAGAUAUGUGAUCUGAAAGACUGUUUGGUUAUCAAGAUGAGAAGCUGCAAAAGUCACAAAAUACAGGAAGUUAAAAGUGCAGAAAGACAUUUCCAUGCAUGGAUGGUUAAAUUUUGGUUUAGCUUCUGUUUCUGGUGAUACCUUGCUAGUCUGAUCACCAAACUGCCUGGUUUUUGAACAGGAAAGGUCAUUUAAUGCAGCAAACUGUAGUUUUAGUUGUCAUGUGCUGAUGGUGUUAUCAUAACUUGGCAUUCGUACGUGGGUGGAACCUGGUGGUGAUUGGAUUGUUGGCCUACAAUAGAGUCCCUGAGUGUCGGUGGCACAGAUAACUUCGUUACUCUCCGGGUGCAUCUCCUCAUGGUCGUGUGAUAAAGCGUCGUCUCAAGAUGGCUCCGUCAACAUGACAGGAACUUGUAUUUUUUCCAGCUGCCUGCACUCGGCUCAGCGGAGCACCUUCGGGACGAGCAGGAACAGGAUAACGGCAGCACAAAAAGAAUCUCACAGCUCACAAAAAAAUCUGCAGGAAUUGAUCAGCUUUAUCAAACGGGCGCGGAGCAAAAUCCCUGUGAAACAUUUCCAACACCUUGAUAAAUUCGUGCCUCGGAGUGUUCGACGUGUUCGGGAGGCAGAAGCAGAUGUUUGCCGAGGACGGAGAGGAUUUAAAUAUUCAGGCGGCGAAUGAGUGUGAGCAAAUACGUGUAUAUAUGGUGUCGUGAAUGUAGGGAGCAGAAAAAGUCACACACAUAAAGAUGCCAGUCAACAAGCAGAAGUGUAACUCUGCACCUCCAGCGUGGAUCGGUGUCGCAGGACUUCAGAGUGAAGUCACCGGAGGUCAAACAGUCGCUCUAAAUCAGUCUGGAGGAGAUGGGCGGAGCUCGUAAAGUGCUUGUGUGUUUUCAGAUUUAGCUGACUCAAAAUGGUCUUCAACAAUUUUCCAAUUUCAUUCCUAUUUCAGCAUAUAAAACUGAAGAAAAGCUUCUAGGAUUAACUUCCUGUAAAUUGCAUCUCAUGUGAAAAGGUGGAAUCUGAUUGGCUGGAAUAUACUACAAAUCCCGCUAAAGGCACUGGGUUGUACAUAACGAACAUUUAAAAAAUGAAUAUUGAAGUUUUAUGAUUUUCUACUCCCUAACUAUAACUAAUGUUACUUGUACCCACCUACCUGCUGCCAUGCUACAGUUUAAUUCACAAUGUUUUUAAUGUUUUAUUUUCCUUUUAUUUUUGGUUUUCUAGCUCUGAGCUUCUCAGUCUGACUGCUGUUUGGUUAAUUAAAUGCCAAAACGUAGCUUUAUCAUCCAACGACAAAAACAUUAUCAACGUGUGGAAAUUGUAAUAGUGUAGAAUGCAUUGUGUAUACUUCAUGAAUUUCAUUAUAAAGAUAUCAACACAACAAAAGCUUUGUCUCUUUCUGUUUUUGCAUCUUCCAUGAAAUAAACUAACAUACUUGGUAGGAAAGUACCAU